AUGUCUGCAGCUGUUGUUCAGCAGCUUGAUUCGCAGAGGCGCUUCUGCUCGAAGGACGACGCUCUUAGGUAUUACUCGGACCAUAUCGUCACAAGAGGGUCCCGCUGGCGAGUCCUAAAAGCAGAUGCUCGACGUAUUCAUCUUAUCUGCAAAUCUGCAGGCUGCUCCGCAUCUGUACGAAUUUCCAUACGAGUAGACGGCUCAGUCAUUGCCGACGAGGCUGCUCUGCACCAUGUUCUCCACACCGACGAAAGUCCUUUCCCCCUUCUUGCCCAUGUGGAUAACGUGGCUGCAGCUGUUCUUAGGGAGGCCCCUAAUCUCCCGUUAGCCCACUACUACAGCAUAGUCUCCACACUUCUUCGUUGCUCGGUCAGCCGCAAAGUUCUUUGGAGGGCUCGCCGGCGACUAGAAUCCAAGCUCGAAACAGAGAAAGCAUCGAAGACGUCAAAUUUACAAGAGUAG